CGCGCGCCGCGGCGGUUGGUGGAGAGGGUCCGAGAACGGCCUGGGCGAAGUGAUCGGCGGAUGUUUAUCCCGACCCAGGGAAGGAGAUAGCCAGCGCAAUGAGCAGCCCGUUCGUCAGACGGACCCAGGACACCCUGGGAAAAGUGAUCAAGAAGCCGCCACUGACCGACAAGCUGCUCAGCAAGCCGCCUUUCCGCUAUCUGCACGAUAUCUUCACCGAGGUGAUAAGGACCACUGGAUUUUUGAAAGGACUGUAUACAGAGUUUGAGUUGAAAUCUGAUAAUGUUAAGGAUAAAGAUGCUAAAAUUGCAUUCUUGCAGAAGGCUAUUGAUGUCGUGAUGAUGGUUUCUGGUGAUUCUUUGUCUGUGAAACCUGCACGUGUUGUGGCUGGUCAUGAACCUGAGAAAACAAAUGAACUCUUGCAAACUAUUGCAAAAUGUUGUCUUACUAAGCUGUCCAGUGAUGAUUCUGUGAGGAAGGUCCUUGCUGGUGAAAAGGUAGAUCUUAAAUCAAAAGGACUGCCCAGUUCCAAGUCACAGGGCAAAGAAAACAGAGAGAAAAAAGAUGAUGAGCGAAAGAGGCAGAAGGACAAAGAACAAGAGGAAAGGAAUGAGAAUGGAAUUAAGCACACCAGCGGAGAUCGAAAAGAAAAGGAACAUGGGAAACCAAUGGACAAAGAAAGGGACCGACACAAAGAUGGUGAUAGACGAGAAAAAGUAAAGGAUCAAGAAAAGGACCGAGCAAGAACGAAAGAGAGAGAUGAGGAAAACCACAAGAAUCGAGGGGAUGGAGAAAAAGUGGAAAAGGACAAGAACCGAGAAGGAGAAAAAAUGGAAAAAGACAAAAUUAGAGGAGAUGGAGAAAAGGACAAAGAGCGAAGCAAAGAAAGGGAAAGAAAUAGAGAAAAAGUGAGAGAAAAAAGACAGCGAGACAAGGAGCGUGAGCAUUUGAAAGACCAAAGUAGAGAUCAAGAAGUAGAAAGGGAAAAAGCCAAAGAACAGGAAAAAUCUGAUAGAAGGCCUAAAGUUGCAGCAGAGGAAAAACCCUACAAGCAGCCUCCAGAGAUGAAGAAAGACAACAAAAUUGAUGUAGACCAAGAGGCUGAGAGCCCGGUGAGGAUACCCAGACCUUCAUCAGCAAAAGGGCAAAGAAGAAAACCAAAAUCAGGAGUUGAAGAGGAAGAAAGAGAAUCUAAAACAUCAGUUAGUCAGCAAGACGUGUUAGAGCAAAAACCUGAGAAAGAGACCAUUAUAAACCAGCUAGAUGAGUCAGAUGCCGAAGGGGAACUUGAAGCUGCCCACACUUCCAUUGAGAAGAAACAUACAGCAGAAGUGAAUGGAGAGAUUCUUGAUGAGCUUUCCACUCAAGUUGUGCAAAGCAAACGAAUACCUCGCCCAGGCAGUGCAAGACCAGCACCUCCCAGAGUAAAGAAGCAGGAAGGUCCAGACUCCCCUGCAGAAAGAAUUGGUAGUGCAAAACCUGUCUCUAAUUUAAUAGUGGAUAAAGGAAAGAAUGUUGAAGAAGAAGAAGAUGAUGAACAGUUUGUGGUGGAAGAAGCAGUCUCUCAGCUGCCAGAUAUGCCUGAGAUGGAACCUGCUACAGUGGUGGAAUUGCAAGGCAGUGAAGACCAUGGUGUGCUUGUCAGGAAGAUUUUAGAAACAAAGAAGGACUAUGAAUCUUCUAAGUCUGCAACAAAAUCCAAAGACCAGGAGAAAACCAUCAUCUCUGAAACAGCAAAAAAGAAGGAAAGGGAACUUGUGGCCAAGGAAAUAGAGAAACUACGUACAUCCAUUCAGACCCUGUGCCGUAGUGCCUUGCCUCUGGGAAAAAUAAUGGACUACAUACAGGAAGACAUGGACUCCAUGCAGAAUGAAUUGUCAAUGUGGCGCAAAGAAAACAAGAAGCAUGCAGAGUCUCUUCUAAGAGAACAAAGCAUCACAGACACAGCUGUGGAGCCGUUAAAGACUGAACUUGCUGAACUGGAGCAAUUGAUCAAGGAUCAGCAGGAUAAGAAUUGUGCUGUCAAGGCAAAUAUACUGAAAAAUGAGGAUAAGAUCCAGAAGAUGAUCUCAAGUAUUAACUUCUCUGCAAGAUCAUGAGGGAGGAAAGGCUGUUUCACAGUCAGUACAGCAACCAGUAAUGCAGUUCAGCAAAUAAGGUGAAGAAAUGAAAGGGAGGAGGGAUCUUGUAUGACAACAGGCUGACAAAUAAUGUGUACAUGGAUUUUAAAAAAAGCAUUUCUCUGCAUUCCCAUGUGUCAAAUUAGUUGCAUUCCACCAGAGAGCGUAUUAUCUUGCAUAGUUUGGAGAUAACAAAUAUGUACAUCAAAUAAAAAGCAAUGUUUAAAAAUAGCCUGCAGUUCUGAAAGCAGGAUUUGUACCAUUUUCUUUUGUGCUUGCCUUCUUUGGGCUUAAAUUCUUGAAAGUGAUUUUAGCAAAAUAGUCAAUGUGAAUAAAAAGCAGGAUGGUAAAAUUAUUGAUUGGAGGAAUUUUGCUCCCUUUUAUGUUUAACUGAUGGUUACUCUUCCCAUUAAUAUCUGAAUGUGUUCAGCUAAGCUACAGUGUUCUCUGCAGGAAUAGAUAUCUUUGUGGCACCAAGGUAAUAGAACAGUCCAACAUCCUCGCCAUUUCCCAUGAUGCUAGACAACAUUUGUGCUUGAUGCUAAGAUGAGACAACUUGUGUUCAUCUUUACCGAUUAAAGCUGAUGAACUAGGCCCCCUGAAUGUAGGAUGUUUUUCAUCUACAGAUAUGAAAACCUUUAUAAAGAAAGUAAUUAGAUACCCAGGAUCCUUUGCUGUAUCGUAUUGAAAAAUGACACAAGGGAGUGAAUUUUCCUGUAAGUUAUAGUUUAGGUUUUGCUAAUAAUGGCAAUACCUGUCACAGUUUUGAUGUACCUUUGGGUUCUAAUGUACAAAUAAUGUAAAUGGAGCACUUUAACAGUUUGCAUUACAAUAGUAGAUGCUUGAAGUGGAACUAGUAGCAUGGUCUGGGUGAUCAGAACUUUGUCACUAUGAUUUAAAGUGUUACAUCAUUACUUCAAUCAGAUCAUCAAGAAAUACCUGUUUUCUUCUAGUAAGAGGCUAACUGUAAUUGGCUAUGGAGUUAUGAUGAGUUACAUGUAUAACCAUCUUCUAUUGCUUGCAAGAUAUCAUAAAUGCAGGCAAACUCUACUCCUAGCCACGUGCUGAUAAAAAUACAAGAAUUCUUCAUAUUUCUGUGAAGCAGAUGAAGUAAGGCAACUUGGUAAAUGAAAGUAGUUCCAUUGCAUUUACAUUGGUAUAAGUAAAUGGCUUCAUUAAAUAGUGAAAUAGAUUGUUGCUCGCUUGCAUUAUAGCACAACCCUACUCAAUGCACGCUGGAUGAAAACGUUGCCCUUCAUUAACCAUACUCAAAUACACUGAAGUACUGAGCACUGUUUGGGAGCUUUAAUUGCUGAAAUUUUGCCCCUUGAUUUGCAGAACUUGAAUAUACCUUGUUGAUAGAAGGCAUGAUAUAUUCUCAGUCACAUCUUUUGCUAUAAAAGCAAUAACUGAUGACUCGCAUCCUUACUGCAGAUAAUUUGUGUAUUAGACAUGGGAUGGUUGAGAAAUAAGGAUUACAAUGAGACUGAAAGCUAAAUUUGGAAUUGUUGUGAUAUUCUUCUAAAUGAAAAUCUGGGUCUAUUUUUACUUUCGAAGUGAACAUGUUAAAAAAAAAAAAAAAAAUUCUGUUCUGAUAGUUACCACAAAUUUCCUUCACAUUCCCAACCAACACCUGGUGUAUGUCAAGAAAAUGUACAUUGAAGUUACGCUUGAUCCUUUUUCAUGCUAACAGUGGUAUUUUGAAUGGGAUGAGAAUGUUAGGACAUCACAUAGCAGCGGUGCCAAGGACUUUACUACUUAAAAGCAAAAAUCUUGUUGAUCUAUUUGAAAAAUAAAUUGUUAUCUUAAGUAUUUGCACACCUAACCAGGCCCCUACUAUUUAUUAUCAAAUACUUGCCAAUAGCUUAUUCUAUUGGAUCGCCUUGAGUCAUACCCAGUUUUGCCAAUGAAGAUUAGACAUCGUCUCAAACAGAAAUGCAUUAUUGUAAGCUGUUUGUAUCCAGAGCAAUUCAAUUGAUUUUAUAGCUGAACUGAGUAGAAAUGUUGCAAAGGACCAUUUUAACCCUGAAACAUUCCAAGCCAACAAUAAGAACUCUAAAAAUCAACAUUUUUUUUUUAAAGCCGUGUUGAGAUCUAACUAUUCCAUUUAAACAUAGAUAAAGCUUGAAAGAUACUUUCUGUCCCUGGUUGGAAAACAAGUGCUUUCAACAAGGCUGUCUUACUUUGGGUUUUGUGUGUGCAUUGUAUGUAUUCUUUGUGACAGUGACGCACUUUGUGCAAUUCACCUUUAGGUUAAUUGACCAAAUCUCUAUGUACAUCACUGCCUUGGAACAACAUCUGUGUAAGAAUUGAAAAGAAAAUCUGGCCAGUAAUUAUGACCCAUUUGCACAAGUAAACCUCUCUAGUCAAAGACAGAAGGUGCAUUUCAGUCAUUAGAUGACUUGAAAUCUGGUAAUUUGCAACUUUUUAUUCCCUAUUCUUUAAAAUCUCCUUUACUUCAUAAAGGCCAGAGAAAACUAUUUGACCUUUUGAGCCUGCUCUGUAGCUCAGCAAUAUUAUGGCUGGAACCCUACCUCAACUCCAUUUUCUUGCACCAUUCCAAUUCCUAUUAAUUCCCUGAGUACUCAAAAAUCUCGUGACUUGUCUUAAAUAUUCUGAAAAACUAAGCAAUCUAGAUUGAGAAUUCAUAAUCUUCACAACUCUUUGAGUAAAGAAAUGUCUCUUUAUCUUGCUCUUAAUUAGCUGAUCCUUUAUUCUGAUCCUGUGAUCUCCAUAUUCAAGACUCCCUAGCUGUGGAAAAUACUUUCUCAACAUCCACUCUGCCAAGCCUUUGAAAAAUUCUGUUUUAUUUAGUUCACCUCUUUUCCCCUUCUAAACUUUAAAAUGAAAUAGAAGCCUGGACAACUUGCUAUUUUCCUGUGAGGAAAAUCAUCUCGCCAUAGGAACCAAUGUUGUGACCAAUCAUUGCACACCUGGGAUGGAGGGCAAUAAAAGAAACAAAUGUGGCUAAUAAGGAGACCAAAACUGCACGUUAUUUUUGGUAUGACCCUACCAAUGCCUUGUAUGGUAGUGAGGCUUAUUUACUUCACACAUUUUAUAAAUAUAUUAUCAACAUGAAGGAACUUAAACAACUUUACCGAUCCUUUUCAGAAAAGAUUUCUUAUGGUUAAGAGAACACUCAUUCUGGACAUCCAUGCCAUUCAUAUGUGGUGUGGUCAUUUUUCUGUAAACUUACUUGAAGAUAUUGUUUCUUCACUUCCUCACUGGUGUCAAAUUGCAGUUUAAAACAAGCUGUGCAAUAUGUUAACUAUGAUGAUUCCCGAAGAUUUUUAAAACAAAAUCUAUUGGUAUUAUUCCACUGCCUCUGUCUGCUCUAAUGAAUUGCCUUUUUGUUUCCACUGUACUUUUAAAAUUGUACAAAAUUGGAGCAACUGUUUAAAUUUAAGCUUUAAUAGCUUGUUUGAAAUACUCAUUUAGACUUUUACAUGAAAAAUGACAAGUUGGGCGGAGUAUUUGCGCCUUUGGAAGGGGGAAUAAACAAACUUAAAAAUAAUCUGUCCUUUAUUAAACUCUUAAUAGUUAUCCAUUUUUAAACUAGAGCAAGAUGUACAUUUUGAAGAAUUAUUUGGGGUCAAUGAUGGGAAAAGAGAGUAUUUCUAUGGCUUCAAAUUAGGGUUUUACAGCGUUUGGUGCAAAUAGCACAUUUUAAAGAUUUUUGUUUAAUCUCCUGAAGUAGCAGUUUCCAGGUUAAAAUAACAAUUUUAUGUCUGAAAAUUGAGGUCUACAUCCCUUCUCAACCGCCAAAAAAAAGUAUGUAACCAUAAGUAAUUUCUACAACAUGUGUGAAAUAGUCGCGUGUUCUUGCUCAUAACUGAACAGGUGUGCUAUAUUUAUUUCCAAAUUGGUACAGUACAAACAUUGAGUGAUUUGUGUUAAAACAAUGAUUGGCAUGUCUCUAAAGAUGAAUUAAUGAUAGCGUGAUUUUUUUACCUCAAGACGUGUAUUCAGAUGAUGGUUGGUUUCCAGUACUUUCAAGGUGAUUGGAAGAUAAACGGAACUUUAAACAAUACUUGGUAAUUAAACAGAGUAACACAAUUCCCGCUCCAACUGAACAAAGUCACUGACUUUGCAGCCAACAUUCUCAGCUGAGCUACUGAUCAUUGCUAGUUUGCAGUAACACAAGUUUGGAUUACGCAUUAGCUUGAUCUGUUACAUGAAAUGCUUUACAGAACUUCAUGUGUUCAAUGUAGUGUUAACUCUAUUGUACAUUUGUAUAAAUUUUGUCCACUGUAACAUAGUUAAAAAUUAAUUUUGUAGUGGAGUGAAAUAAAAUGUGUGCCUUUAAACCCCUGAAAA